AUGACGAGCGGCAAGAGUUCUGUAAUCCUGCUGCGGGGUUUUCUUUGGGUCGUUUGGAUGGCUACUCCUAGUAGUAGAGCAUUCUUGACGGAAUCUCCUGCCCCCACUGUGACCGAGUUGUUUGACCGGAUUGACCAAUCCUUGAACUUGCUGGUGGACAAUGCCAAUAAUGACACGCUGCAUGUCUCUCGUGUCCAAGCCCAAUAUCACGAUGACUUUGGGUUUCCCGAGCAGAUUGUGAUUGACUACCAACGGCCAGAAGCUGAAAUGAUGACGAGAGCAUUUGUCCUGUCGCUCAAUGACAAUGUCUAUCUGGCAACGGUGACCAAUUUGAGGACGGGAGAAGGCACCUCCAUUAUACCAUCCAGUAGUUCCAGUGGGGGAGGAAUUGCCAUGGACGGAUUACCCAGUCAUCAUCUCCAACUGUUGAAACUGGCGCACGCCAAGACGUUGUGGAAUGCCUCCGAGGUGGUUGACUACACGUUCGACUACAAUGUCCACUACGAUGGUCUGCCAGGCCAUACAGCAGCCACGUCUUCCAUCAAAAUCAAUCGACAAGAUACACCCUAUCCGUGGCAAGUGACUGUUCGGAAUGGUAUUGUACAGUCCGUGGUGGAUGCCAAGAAUGCAACCUUAUUUGAUGUCCACCAUGACAACAACAAUCUGCUGCAACACCAAGAAGAAGAUCCACAUGUGAAUGAUUAUUGGGAAAUUGGAUCAGUCGAGCCACCCAUACAACAAGAACAGAACCUGCAAGAACAACCAUAUACUGACAGCGACAAUGCAAUGGCAAACACAACAACUAGCAAUAGCAGCAACACCACCAGCCAGAACAAUCCACAAGACAACUCUGGAUCCACGCCAAUGAUGACGACGAAUGAUACCACUGCUUCCUCCUCCACUGGCAGCGUCGUCAAGAAUCGCUUUGAACAUGGAUGUCUCUACGAGAAACUAGGCAAGGAUCCCACAGUAGCGUACCAACAAAAGAAGCAACGAGUCUGCAAUUCGGAAGAUCCACCCGAUGCAGUCCAACAAGGCAUUUGUCGACAAUCUCCCUUUCAAGAUCACUACAUGGAGAUUCGAAUCUUUUGUCAAGACUGGGAGAGCGUCUUGAUCGAAACAUGGGUGUUGCAAAUCAUCUUGUCGGAAAUCAUGAAUGUCCCCACCACAGUCGAAACGGGCUUUUUCGAUACCACUGUCAACUUUUACGAUCCACAAGGACGGUACGAUUAUGCCUACCAGACCCUCUUGGAUGUCUUUCAUUCCACCUACCGACCUUCCAUGGAACGAGGACACGAACUGGGAGAUUGUCGUAGCGCCCGCAAGGAUACGCGGGAGGACUAUCAAGAAUGUGCCCAUGUCGUGCCCGAAAUAUGUGCGUCGGAAGAAAGUUCCGUCUUGGCGGAUUACGUCUAUCGGGGCAUCUUUGAUGCUCCUACGGGAUUGGGAGCCUUGGGGAUGGAAAGUUGGUUCAUUCCCAAAUUCACCGCCGAACGAGAUCCGACAUUGACCAGUUAUCUGGGAAUGGCGGGAGAACACAAUCGACGCAAAAUGGCAGAGAUGUUCAAACGACCCGUCAAUUGGAAAACGUACUGCGAGGAGGUGUCCACCACGCAGUGUACUGGCAACGACCCCGUGGCCGCUCGAGCUCCCAGUACGGAAGAAGAAGGGGAACGGUACUUUUUCGAGGGCGUAUAUACGGGAUAUUUCAUGGCCACGGAAAAGAACGAUUGCUCACGUGACAACGGGACAACGUGCACGGGACAUAUACUGGAUUAUCCUUGUUCCUGGCCUGCAUUUGUGUGGGAACAAACGCAAGCCUUGAAUAUUGCGCUGGAAAGCAAUGGUCCACAACCUGGCAAUGGAGGAUACCCAUUGCAACAAAUGGAUGACAUUUGGAGAGCUGCCAAUGCCACCAAGAACAAUGUCAUUAUGCAAUGGUGGACUCCACAAGCUCUUCACCAACUGUUCCACGGGAGCGACGCCGAGUUUACAAAGGUCAUGUUGCCAACACCGACCGAAGAAUGUUUGCGCGCACGAGAAGAAGGGGGCGAUCGUUGCGCGGCCGACUUUAAGACCACCACCAAUCUGCAAAAGGGGACCUGCGAUACUUUGACGGCCAGUUUGUACAAGAUGAAGAUUGCCAAUCUGUUUGACAUGACCUAUGACACGUCCAUCCCACCUGCGUUGCAUAGUCCUAGCAACACAGUCCUGGAACUUUUUAGAAUCUCAGAAUAUCAACUCACCGAAAUCUUCAACAAGUGGAAAGAGUCGGGUGAUCCGAGGGAAGCAGUGUGCGAGUUUGCAGUGGAGAACAUGGAUUACAUGAUGUCCUUUGUUCCAAACUCGUAUCCGCGGACCCUCGAAACUGAGGCGGACCAAGGAUUGCGGUAUUCGGCAGCAGCGCUGGCUGGAUUGGUCUUGUUGAUGGCAAUUGUCACGGCAUGUCUUGUCUAUCAUUUUCGACGCAAGCGCAGUAUCAUGUUGGCGCAAGUCGAGUUUGUCGCGUUGCUUCUUGUGGGGACCAUUUCCAUCUCCACGGCGGCACUGAUUAUGGUCCUUACGGUAUCCGAUGCAUCCUGUGUUGCUGUGGAAUGGAUCAUCAACAUUGGGUAUACGGUGGAAUUGGUGCCACUUCUGGUCAAGGCAGCUGCAAUUUUGCGUCUUUCCAUGGCAGCAAAGAAGAUGCGCCGCGUCAAUCUCUCCAGGGAGUCAUUGCUAGGAGCCGUUGCCAUCAUUACUGUUCUUGUGGUUGUUUUUAUGACAAUUUGGACUGCCGUUGACCCGCCUCGGCAAGGCAAUGAAUACCAACUGACGGAUGACCAGAACGAGGAAGGCGAAACUGUCAUCGAAGUGUACGAAAUCUGCAGAAGUGAAUCCCAAGUUUGGUACUACAUCAGCGUGGGGUGGAUGACAGUGAUCCUCUUGUCCGCAACUGUGCUUGCCAUCCAAAUGCGCAAGGUUCAAAUCAAGGCGCUUCAAGAGGCAAGAACAUUGGCUGCUUUGAUCUAUUCGCAUGCAGUCUUCGUGCUCAUCCGGCUUGUUACUUACUUUUUGGAUUCGAUGGUUCGAGCGGAUAUUCUGACCCAACUGCGCAGUUUGAUCUUCAGUUUCGAUGCUCUAAGUACCGUCCUUAUCUACGUGAUCCCGAAAUUCUUCGACUCAGAUGCUAACCGGUCCGCAGUCCACACUUCCGGGAUGGGUGCUGGGCCAAGCGCAGUAAGCUCACCGUUUGACAGAUCUUAUGCCGACGUCAAUCGAAACACGACCGGUUCCAGGAUAUCAAGCAAAGAAGAGUCUAGAGUUGAAGCUGUGAACAUGGAGAUGGAGAAUCUCAAGGCGAUGCUGGCGGAGAAAGAUCGUGAAAUUGAAGAGCUCAGAAUAGGCGCAAGCACUCGUAGCCAUAGCAACCACCGGUAG